AUGACCUCCCAAGCAUCGGGGCUCUCGCCCUCGAACGGCGAAGCACGAGACACGAAAAUAUUGCCAGUUGACCCUUCACAGCUGGGUCAACUUGUUAUAAACGAAGAAACCGACUCCCUGCUUGACGAUUGGGACAUCGACUGGGCGCCCGACAACCCCUCCAUCACGAACCUCAAGCUCGCCGCGCAGCAGCUACGAGACACAGAUAUACCCGUCGGCUUCCCCACCGAAACAGUCUACGGUCUCGGCGCAGACGCAACGCGCAGUUCUGCCGUCCGCGGCAUCUACACCGCGAAGCAACGGCCCUCGGACAACCCGCUCAUCGUACACAUCGCGUCCCUCACGCAGCUCCGCGCGCUGCUGCGUCCCGCGACGCGCGCCAGCAACGGCACGGAUCCCACCAGCAACGGCACAACCCCCACCCCCAACGGAACCACGAACGGCGCAGAUACAGACGCCGACCCCAUCCCCCCAAUCUACCACUCCCUAAUCCGCCGCUUCUGGCCCGGCCCUCUGACCCUCAUCCUCCCCCUCCCGUCGCCCUCGCCCCUGGCCCCCGAAGUCACCGCCUCCCUCGCCACCUUCGGCGCCCGCAUGCCACGCUCCCUCCUCGCGCUCGCCCUCAUAAAACUCACCGACCGCCCGCUCGCCGCCCCCUCCGCAAACGCCUCAACGCGCCCGUCCCCGACCGCCGCCGAGCACGUGCUGCACGACCUGCAAGGCAGGAUUGAGAUCAUAUUGGAUGGCGGGCCGUGCGAUGUGGGCGUAGAGAGCACGGUCGUGGACGGGCUUGUAAGUCCGCCGGUUAUCUUGCGGCCUGGGGGCGUGAGUGCGGAGGAGUUGAGGGAGUGUCGGGGGUGGGAGGAUGUGAAGGUCGCGUAUAAGGAUAAGGCGGAGGAGGGUAGGGACGGAGAUGGUGGACCGAGGGCGCCGGGCAUGAAGUAUAGGCAUUAUUCGCCGCGGGCGAGGGUUGUGUUAUUUGAGGCGGGGACAAUGCCUGGGCAAGGGGAGUUCAGUGAUGCGGCUGCGCGGGUUGGGAGUGAAAGGGUUGGGGUGAUCAGGACGAGGGUGUGGCCGAGGGCGUGCGGGUUGAAUCUCAUUUCCGUUGAUGGCGUGAGCGAGAGGGACUUGGAAGAGGCGGAUGGAAUGGGCUUAAGAAGUGGAAAAAAGCUCACGAAUUGCUCAUCGACGCUGUCAGAGCAUGACAAACCGAUGAGAAGGGGGCUACAGAAUUUACUACAAGCGGCGGCGCAGCAUCGCAUUCCGACUGCACAGAACGUACUGCUCAGCCUGUCCCCUGAGCGUGGUAUUAUUGUAUCAUUUAGCAUCUGGGAGGUCAACUUGGGGCCGAAGACGGAGGACAUUGCAAGAGGAUUGUUUGCAGCGCUUAGAGAACUGGACAAGAAAGAUGUGGAUAUCAUCUUCGUCGAAGGCAUCGACGACUCUGAAGGCGAUGUUGCUGCUGCGGUCAUGAAUCGGCUGAGGAAGGCGGCGGAGGUCAAGAUGCAGAGUGGAAUGAAGGAUAUACCCUAUUAG